AUUUUCCACACCAAUAUUCUUUCAAUCAAAUUACACAUCCAAUUCCAUAAUUUUCAUUUUUCCAAAUACUAUAAUCAAGCAAGAAUGGGUGUGAAGAGCUUCUUCCAGGAAGUGAAAACCAAGAUCACCUCAUCAAGGCUGUUCAAGGCUUUGGUGACAGAAUCUCCGGAUGUGCUCCCCAAGGUCACGCCAUCCAUCAAGAGCAUCGAACUCCUCGAAGGCACCGGCUACAACCCCGGCUGCGUCUUCCAAACCAACUUCCCCGAGGGUGCCCACUUCAAGUACAUGAAGUGCAAAGUGGACGAGAUCGACCACGAGAAGCACACGAUCAAGUACACUGUGUUCGAAGGGGACAUGUUGGGAGACAAACUAGAGAAGAUCUGCUAUGACAUGAAGUUCGAGGACACGGAAGAUGGAGGGUGCGUGGUGAAGGUGACGAGCGAGUACCACACCAAGGGCGACCAUGAGAUCAGCGAUGACGACCUCAAGGGCGCCAAAGAGCAGUCCCUCGGCAUCUACAAGUCUUGCGAGGACUACCUCAAUGCCAACCCUCACAUCUGCGCCUAAAUCAAUCCAUCCAUCAUCAAUCGUUCCCCUUUUGUUGUGUGAAAAAUAAAGAAACAAUUCUAUAGUUGUUUCCAUCAAUGGUUGUUGGUGUGUUUGCUUUUCUCUUCAUGGCACAGAAUGUACUUGAAUUUUAAGAGCUUGGUUUGCUGUAA